CAAACUUCUCACCAACAUUGCCUGUCAGCAUGAUUCUGUCAUAUUUGUCUUUCCAACCGUUGUUAUUUUAGGUUAGAAUAAAAAUGUAUCGUUUAAUCUUCUAGUUUAUUUCUCUCGUAAAGAACGUUUUCCAUUAAAAUCAUCAAAAUGAAAGUGACAGUGACCACAUUGACUGAUUUUAUUUUCGUCCUCGAUGUCUCCGAAGAUUUGGAAUUGGAAAAUUUCAAAGCGUUUUGUGAGGUUGAAACAGGGUUUCCGGCCACCGAAAUUGUCAUCGCCUACAAUGGAAUGCCUUUAAUGGACAACAAAAAGUCGCUGAAAGAACAUGGGAUUCGCGACGGUGAUGCUGUGAUCCUUCAACAUAUGUUGCAACAUGGGGCUUCACAGAGUUCAUUUGAUUUACAAGGAGUUCCUAGACUGGAUUUUAGCGGAAUCCAAGUUCCCAAUUCUACCAGAGGGAAUCAGGUGUCUCCAGGACGCCCUUCUGAAGAUGACCCUGUUCUAAUCAGGGACAUGUUUUUGGCAAAUCCUGAUCAGUUAGCGUUGUUGAAGCAAAAUAAUCCACGACUCGCUGACGCCUUGCUGACUGGUAACAUAGACACUUUCGCUUCUGUUCUUCGAGAGCAAGUGCAAGCGCGCCAAGAACGUGAACAACAAAGAUUAAGAAUGUUGAAUGCCGAUCCGUUCGAUACUGAGGCUCAGCGUCUCAUCGCCGAAGAAAUCCGUCAGAAGAACAUCGAAGCUAACAUGGAGGCUGCCAUGGAGUACAACCCCGAAUCGUUCGGCACAGUCGUUAUGCUUUACAUAAACUGUAGAGUGAACGGCUAUCCCGUUAAAGCCUUUAUUGACUCAGGUGCUCAAACUACCAUAAUGUCCAGCAGUUGUGCGGAAAGAUGUAAUAUAAUUCGGCUCGUGGACACUAGAUGGGCAGGGAUUGCAAAAGGUGUGGGAGUGCAGAAAAUCAUCGGGAGAAUUCACAUGGUACAAAUCCAGAUCGAGAGUGAUUAUUUAACGACGAGUUUUUCCGUACUUGAAAACCAACCAAUGGAUAUGUUGUUAGGGUUGGAUAUGCUCAAAAGACAUCAAUGUUGCAUUGAUUUGCGAGCAAACGUCUUGAGAAUCGGUACAACCGGGACUGAAACUAAGUUUCUUGCCGAGUCGGAUUUACCCGAAUGUGCCCGACUGAGUACAAUUAGUGAAGAAGAUGUCAUUUCUAGGUCGAUCAAGGAGUCUGAAGAUAGGCAACUACAGGAAGCUUUGAGAAAUAGUCAGUUAUCAAAAAAACCUAAAAGGCCGAAAAGUAACGAUCCCACUUCUGGGAGUUCAGUUCAUGGUUCCAAAUCCAAUCCACCACCAAGCAAUACUCAAGUUUUACCAACAGACAAAUUUUCCGAAAGUGACGUUAAAGAACUGACAGGUUUAGGAUUUUCGCGAGAACAAGUCAUAUCUGAGUUGCGUGCGUUUAACGGUGAUAAAACACAAGCGACUGCCGCAUUGUUUGCAAAAUCUUUAAAAUUUUAAGUGCAUUUAAACUGGUCACUUUAGCUUUUAUAGGUUUAGGUUAUUAGGUUUUUGAUAUUGUGGUUGAUAAUAACUUUUCAAUUGACAUAUCUAUACAUGAAAAUUUGGGUUUUUAUUAUUAUUGGCUGGUCCAUCUCAUAUUUUAAUAAGGUGACAAAUAACAUCGUUUACCGUUUUCUUAUAAUAGUGCAUUUUUAAAGACUGUAUAUUUUGCUCUCGGAUAUUUAAUUAAGAACAUGCACGAUGUAUCGUAUUUUCUUUCGAAAUAGAAUUAGCUUAUUUUUUGCAUUGUUAUAAUAAAUGACUGUUUUUCAGUGAAUUCCUGCAGAUUUUGACUUAAUCUGUGUUAAACUCGCACAGAGUAUAUCAAGUGGUAUCACCACUUUAUAUGCUCACGAGGUUGUAGUACGGUUUUUAAACAUAAAUAUGUAUAGUGGGUAUCUGCAUUGGUAUUGAUAUUGAAAGUGGGACUUGUGUUAAUAAAAAAUAUAAUCUCA